GAGAAUGGAAUGGCCGUGGUGUUGAAAGAUUUGCAGGGAGGAGGGGAAGAGAUCAAAUUUGCAAAAUCCAAGCAAUAUAGUUGCAGUCCAUUUCCUGUCGGGGGUUUUGCUCUGUUGGAAGAUUUUGGAAAUUGUAAACCCUGCAAAACCAAUCACCAUCGCCAUCGAUGGACCAGAAUCAGAGCUUGCCGACCGCCAUUACCGACUUGAAUGAAGAUUCUCUGGCUCACUGCGCCACAUUCCUCAACCUCCACGACAUCUUCAAUCUCGCCACCACCUGCAAAUAUCUCCGACAAGCAGCCUAUUCCGAAUCAAUCUGGCAACGCCUUUUCAGGGAGCGAUGGCAGCAACUAUUACCGCCUCUUGAUUCUUCCGUAGCUUCAGGAGGAGCUAGGGAUGCGUACUUGGCUAGGCUUUCCGCUCUUCAACAGUUCAAGUUUGAAGAUCCAUUGGUUGUUGAUAUGUUGACCGAACCCGAGCCUUAUAACCUUAUGCUUUUGGAUAGAGAUGAUGUAUUUGUUUCCCGGGGCUCCUCAAUUCGAAUGAUGAAAAUCCCCAAAAUUUUUGGCAGGAGUCAUUCUCUUACCACUCUGAAUGAUCACAAUGCGCGUAUCACUUGUAUGAGGUUGUUUCCCCUUACAGAAACUUCAUUGUUUAGGAGUGAAGGGAAAAAAUCUGGAAAUUUUUUGGUAACUUCGAGUUCUGAUCACUCGAUCCGAUUGUGGUGGAAGGGUUCUUGUCAGAAAUGUUUUCGAGGUCAUAGUGGCCCUGUUUCAACUCUAUCAGAUAAACUAUUAGGUGAUGGUAGUAGCAAAGUACUAGCCAGUGGAGGGGAAGAUGGUACAGUUCGCCUUUGGUCUCUUGGUUCCAGUGGCAAGCGAGGCAAGAGUGCUUUAAAGGCUACACUACAUGGACAUGAGAAACCAAUUAAGUUAAUGUCAGUUGCAGGACAUAAGACAUCUCUUUUAGUGAGCAUUGCAAGAGAUUCCAAGGUCAGAGUUUGGGAUGUAACUGCAUCAUCGACUAUCCGUUCAUCAUGUUGCGUUGGAUUAACUUCUCUUCCUGGUGCUCCUAUAAACAUUAAGUGCCAUGAAUCCUUGCUCUAUGCUGCUACAAGUUCCUCCGUUGUUGCUGUCGAUUUAAGGACUAUGCAGAAAGUUCUAACUGCUGCAGCUUAUCAACCAUUUCUAUACUCAUUCGAGAUGAUUCCCUCUAAAUCCUUAAUAUGCACAGGUGGUAGAGGCAGUGCAAGGCUUUGGGAUGUAAGAAGAAACCAGGACGCUCUUAAACCUGAACCAAUAGCUGAAUUGGAUGGACAUAGAGGAGCAGUGAAUUUCCUACACAUGGAUCCCUACAAAAUAGUAACGGGAUGUCCAGAUAAUGUCGAUGUAAACGUCUGGGAGGCAGAUUCGGGUGCACACGCAAAUUCAUUGAGCUGCUGGUUCACUGAAAGUGCGGACAGCAGCACUACAUUGUCCUCUAUGGCUGUUAAUGGGUGUAGAGUUGUCACUGCCUGCUAUGCUGAAGAUCUGGGACUUCUACGCUGCAGGGACUACACCAAUGCUUCUCGUCCCAUUGUUAGACACGACGAGGUUGUCUCCAAAUUUUGGGAUUCACAAUGCUACGACGACAACAACAACGAUACCUCCGACGUGUAGUACAUCAUCUGUAAGUCGUAUAUAAUUUUAUUUUCUCUUAGUGCUCACGAUUUUGGUUUUGUCAACUUGUGCACAAUUCAGUUGAUUAAGAUAUAUACCAUCAAUCAAGAGAUUGGAAGUUC